UGGAGCAUAAAUAGGAGGGCUCUCUCUGGAGGAAUCCUCAGACAGACAACGAGCUCGAAGAAGAACUCCUCUUCCCUCUUCCAAUCCAAUCUUGUUUGAAACCCGAAGCCUCUGACACAGCUCCUUCACCAUCACCCGUCCAGAGCAGCUAAGACCAUCUCUGUUUGAGGGAUAGUUGCGAUAUCUAUUGGUGAGAACACCGUUCCAGCCUGGCGCUUCAGUGGAGGAGGCUGAACGUUUGACCAAGGUCGACAAGGCUAGCCAAUAAGAUCAAAAGAUCUCCAAAGCAUCAAGGUCCUCGAGGAACCGAUCCAAGCUCUUUUCUAAAAAUGUGCUUCUACGAAAUGUACAAGUUUGAGUGCGGCGACUGGAAAUGGGGUAACUUCAAGCAGCACUGCAACAAGGAAUAUCGCAUGGGUGAAACCUGCGGUAUGAAGCUUGUGCUCGAGACGUAUCACCAGCCAAACAAAUGCAGGCUGUGCGAGAAGUACCACACAAAGCUCCGUAAGCGAGAGGCGGAGUGUGAGAGAAUCAAGCGCUGGCAGAGCGAGGGGAAGAACCCGGCGUCUGUCGAAAAGGCGUAUGCGAACGUUGCGUCGCUUGACGACGAGAUCCAGAACAUCUAUUCGGAGAUUCACCGGCGACGAACGAACAUCACCAGUCAAAGAGCGCCGGAUUACAACUACGCCUAGAGUCCGCACCAAUGAAAUGCGUUGCGGAGGGGCGAUCGGAAUGUUGACGCUGUUGAAAGGGUGUUCCGAAGGCGAGUGCUUCGUGUUCUACCUUGUCUUAUCUCAAACGUCGGUUUGGUGAGCUUCGAGCGGUUGCCGGGCAAUUUGUGGAGGGAAAGGAGCCGGAAUUGAUCCAAAUCGCCAGUUGGCGAUUCGCUCAUUUGUAUUAAUUCUUCGUCGGUACCGUGAUAACGAAUGAAAUGACUUUUUUCCUUG